AUGAGAAAUACGAUCAAUGUUUCCAAUGGCGUAAAUGAAACUCAGUAUAAAAAAAUACCAUUAUCUGAUGUGAUGGUUACGAAGAAAACAAACCUCUUUUGGGGACGUAAAUGGAAGACCCCUGAUAUCAUAAUGGGUAUAGCAAUUAUUACUAUUCAUUUACUUGCAGUUUUUGCACCAUUUACGUUCACUUGGGAUGCUUUUUUUGUUGGCUAUGGAAGAGUCAUGUUGUGUGAGUUAUUUGGUAUAACUCUCUCGUAUCAUCGUAACCUAACACACCAUAGUUUCAAACUACCCAAGUGGCUCGAAUACAUCUUUGCUUACAUUGGAGUCCUAGCCUUCCAGGGGGAUCCAAUAUUUUGGGUGAGCACCCAUAGAUAUCACCAUCAAUAUGUUGACACCGAGAAAGAUCCACACUCUCCCAUCUUCGGAUUUUGGUUCAGUCAUAUGGGAUGGAUGUUUGAUAGUGGCUACAUCAUUGAAAAGUAUCAAGAAGGUAAAAAUGUAGAAGAUUUAAAGAGUCAGAAAUUCUAUAGGUUCCUUAACAGAACUUAUGCAUUUCAUGUAUUAUCAUUUGUGGCCCUUGCUUAUGCUGUCGGUGGAUUUACCUACCUCGUUUGGGUUGUGGGUGUUUCCACUGUAUACAUUCACCAUGCAACGUUUUUAGUGAACUCGGUUUGUCACAUAUGGGGAAAUCAAACAUGGGACACUGGAGAUCUUUCCAAAAACAACUGGUGGAUGGCGUUGAUUACUUUUGGUGAAGGAUGGCAUAACAACCAUCAUGCAUUUGAAUAUUCAGCUCGACAGGGGUUAGAAUGGUGGCAAAUCGACUUUGGUUGGUAUACGAUAAGGUUUCUUGAACGAGUAGGGUUAGCCACCAAUGUUAAGUUGCCAACUGAAGCUCACAAACUCAAGAAAUCGUUUGUUGCACAUGAGUAA